CCGCCAUAUAUCUUACACAUUUACAUUAUUUCCAGCGAAAUGGCGGAAAUUGCGUUUCUAAAAUUAGAGGUGCUAGAAUUGUUACACGGACCACAAGCUAAACUGCUGUAUUCGUAUCUAUCUGAACAACGCCUCAGGAGAAGAGAGGGGAAAUCAAAAACGAUAGAAUCAGGUAGAACUGUAUAUGAAACCCUAGUAAAUACACUAUAUGAAGCUGGAUAUUUCCACCAAUUUGGCCACGAUGAUAAGAAGUUGUGCGAGAUUUUACUCAAUCGUGAUACCAUCGAAGAUGCAAUGGAGUCAUUGGCAGAAGGACUAAAUAUCUCAUCGCACUUUGGUCCAGCAAUUUUCUACAUGAUUUUAGGUUGGAUCACUGCACAGUUGAAAUUAACCGAUGUCGACCAUUACGACAUCGUGACAUCAUACAGCUUGACGGACUCAAAUGAUGGAAAACUGGCGCAGAUAUUUAAAUACGUUGUGCAUAUGGUAAUAUGCAUGGCUGGACAGAAAUUGCUUUCGGAUGAAUCAGUGCAGCAUUACGAUAAUGACCUCAGGUGGCUGCUACACAACGGAACGGUAUCUGGAAUAUACAACCGUUUAAACAUGCUAACGAAAUGUUCUGCUAACUUCUAUGGUGUAUACACUGAUACGGUUAUUAUAUCAACUAUCGCAAUGGAAUUACAUAAGCUAUCAAGGAGUCGACAAGUCACAUUCACACGUCUUAUCCAACAUAUAACAGAUAACCUAAUAGGAAGUGCGAACCCAGGAUACAAUACCGCUCCAAGGAAACAAAACCAACGCUUGUGGAACCUUCUGUCUCAGGGUGUAAUCAAGUCAGGUAUUAAACAGCUGGCUUAUGACAAUAUAAAUCUACUAAGGAGUAUGCGCUCACUAGGAAGGGAAUUUGAUAUCAUGCCUCUGGCCAAAGUGCUAGCACAGGGUACAACAAGUCACGUAAAUGACCUAGAAGACUUCCGCAAAAAUUGCGACUACAUGAGCGCUGUGUGCGCCCUAAAGAAACAUGGGAUAACAUGGGAUUACUUCGACACUUUCAAUUUACAACGAGACAAUAUGGGCGUUAUCCUCCUUGAUAGGAACCUAUUUUAAUGUAUACAAGCAUGAAUAUA